UUUAGCUCGGGUCACGAAUCAAUGUACCCUCACUUUUGCGUGUGUAAGCGCAACCCGACCUGCUUUUUCACCGCCCAUGCCAAGAGGGCCCAACCAACCCCAAGGUCAUAUACAUUCCAACGUUUGCUUAUAAAGGCGGCGUUCGCCAAAGUGAAGGCAUCAUUCUACCCAUAACUUCCAUUUCCUCUGCUUCGCGAAAAAAACUAUCAGGAUGCUCUUCCAGGCCACAGCGUUCCUGUUGCUCGUUGGUUCCGCAGUCGCUGCCCCGACUGACCCUUACGGGGCACCAAGACAUGAGCCCUUAUACAGCGAGGAAGCAAAGCCCUACCAAUUCGAAUACGGGAUUAAAGACGAAUACGCCGGUACCGAUUUCGGACAGACGGAAGAAUCCGAUGGGAACACGGUCAGGGGAUCUUAUGCAGUGCAACUCCCAGAUGGUCGAAAGCAAACUGUAAAUUACGUAGCUGAUCCCUAUGGAGGUUACCAAGCUGAAGUCACCUACUAUGGCGAAGCUCAAUAUCCACACGAGUAUGGACCACCGGUCACCUUCAAGCCCAAUACUUACGGAGAAUCUCAACCAUCCUACAGACCCCAACCCAUCUACCACCCAGAACCAUCCUACCAGCCAACUACAGUCCACCAGCCGGAACCAUUUUACCAGCCAAGGCCUUAUUAUUCUUAAAUUUGAGAUGAAUGCAGAAUAUCAAAGCCUAGUCUUUACUCUUAUAUUAAAAUGACUUUAUCUUAUACGCAUUAUUAUAAAAAUAUAUACUAUAUGUGAUAGAUUCACUUCACAACAUUUCCUGAAUUUUUAUCAAAUCCUGAACUUGGCAUGGAGUUAUAAUUAUGUAAACAGAACCUUAAAGAAAUAUUCCCGAAAUAAGCGAAUGAGGAAAACGAAGAUAUGGCCCUUACUACAUUCUGACAAGUCACUAUGAUGGAG